ACAAAAAAGAAAAAAACCAAACAACGUGUGUCGUUGUUGUCUGCUAGGCUGUGUGUAUUCUAUUGUUGGUGCUGUAAUUUUUCUUUCAAAUCGAGCUCCGUUUUAUAAUUACUUCAAGUUGAAAAGCAUCCGGACUUGUUUUCGUUUCAACUUAGAUAACUCAGUGUGUCGUCAGCUUUCGCAAUGGGUAUUUGGUUUCGCUAGGUUAUUCAACGAUGAUGAGAUUCCUGCCCAACACUCUCAUGCAAAUGACAAACGAACUCAGACAUUUUGGCGCCAGAGUAGUACCGACGUGUUCAGGGAAAGGUAAGACGCUCACAAUUUCGUGCUUUUCCUCCCUCUUCGCUCACUGCCGCCAGUUAUUUGCAUCUUUGAGCAAGAUGUCGAAAGGAAACUCCAAACCGUUCACCAUUUUUGUGGAGGGAAACAUCGGCAGUGGCAAAACCACCUUUCUAAAACACUUUGCUGCCCUCGACAAUGUUGUGACUUUAGCUGAACCAGUUGACCGGUGGCGUGAAGUUAGAGGCGAAAACUUUUUGGACCUAAUGUAUUCCGAUCCUUCAAGGUGGGGGAUAACAUUCCAAACUUACGUUCAGCUGACCAUGUUAGAUUUACACACCAAGCCUGUGGAACGUCCGAUUAAAAUGAUGGAGAGGUCAAUACAUAGUGCAAGGUACUGUUUUGUUGAAAACCUACAUUCUAGUGGUCUGAUGCCCAACCCAGAUUUCAUUGCCUUAGAUGAGUGGUUCAAUUGGAUUUUGAAGAAUCACGAUGUUGCUGGCAAUUUAAUUAUUUACCUCCGAACUACCCCAGAAGUGGUGCACAAGAGAAUGCUGUCUCGAGCUCGAACUGAAGAAAGCUGUGUACCUUUAGAUUACUUACAAAAGUUGCACCAGUUUCAUGAAGAUUGGUUGUAUCAUAGAAAGUCCUUCAAUUGUCCUGCUCCGGUUUUGGUCAUAGAUGCUGACAAAGAUCUAGAAAUGAUGGCAGCUGAUUUCUUGACCUGUGAAGCCAAAAUUUCUGAUGCAGUGGCCAAUCUAGGAAAACAAAGAAAUGUGUCAUCGCCUUCAAAGAUGAAUCUUUCGUCACCUAUCAAAGUACCUUCACUGUCUUAAAACUGAUCUCUCAUUUAUUGUUUUUAAUUAUACUGUAUCCCUUUAUAUAUUUUUCUGGGAUCCUGUAUUGUGACCAAUUAUUAUUCCAUGUGAAUGUGUACUGUACUUAAUGAAUGAUUGAAUUUAUAAUUUGUGACAUCUUGAGUAUAGUUCUAUUUUCGGUAUACCAAAGUGCCUGUAGUCAAUAGAUUCUUAAUUGUCAAUGUCAAAGCGUUAAUUGUGUGAUUGUUCCUGUUUUUCUUUUUUUUUUCCUGUUGCACUUGCAACUGUUGAGAGCAGCUGCAAGUGCAGUUUCCACUUUGGAUCUAUAUAGAAAAUUUUUUGUGCUUGCUCGUGACGUUCUUUUGAGCAAUAUUGUCAAUGACUGAACUGACUGGUGACGUCAACAUUCAUACCGUGCAUAGCUGCACAUAGCUGUGAGUCAAAUUAUUUUUCUCCUUUUUUAGUUGUGCUUUUGGAUGUCAGCAGGCAAUAGAAAAAGUGAUCCAUGUGAAUUCUGAAUGCUCGUUUAUUUUUUAUAACCAUAAUAAAUUAAGAAAAAGAUUA